AUGACUCGCAUUUUCUUCCUUCGUCCCUCGCUCCUCGUCUACGUCCUCCCUCUGCCUCUCUUCCUCCUUCACGGCAUGUUCACUCGAUUACUGAACCUGUUUGGUCUUGAAUGGAAGAAGGACAAUACGACACCGCCCUCUUCUAACAAGGGACACAGCCAAGAGAAACAGCACACCGUUCCACAAGCUUCGAACGGCACACCAGCUCAAUUAUUUGCUCAGAGCACCGAUGCUGCUACAAUCACAUCCAUCGUCAAUCUCGCUUCAAACGCCACUGCCCUCGCACUUGCCUCCCUCUCGCCCGCGAACACUCACCAAGCGGACCUACCUUCGGGCACUGCACAAUUAGCACUACAGCGCACCCAAAGUAGCACCACAAGACCAAGUGAAACAGACAAUAAAACCAGAGACUUCCAAGCGGACGAUUCAGAGCCAGAUUUUAGGCGCAAUUACCCAAAUAACACCGUUGUUCGUCGAUAUGUCAAGGGACAAGAACCGGCUGGGUGGAAGGAAGUCAAAUGGGCAAUGCAUUCGUCGGGUAAGCAAAACUGGCGAGGUAAAAAGUGGCCGCGGUCUGGUUGCUUGGGGGCUAUCGUUUGCAAUGAGCCGGAUUGUGGCUGGGUGACCAGGCCACUCACGACGAAGGAGCGUCGUGAAGAGCAGCUGAAAGAGAUAUGUGGGCGAGCAGGUUGUGGGAGUACAUCCCAUGUUCGCCAUGUCUGUCAUGCCGCCACCUACGUCUACGAGGAGUAUGACGAAGCUACUGGGCAGACCUACUCCGUUUGGGAGCACGAUGGCGAGCACAAGCACCCGAUACCUCCAGGAGGACCAGUGACAGUGGCUGAGAAGGCGCAGAUCGAUGCUCAGGUUGUUCGUCGUCCUGGAGCGUCCGCUCAUGCCCUACGAACGGGAGAUCCGCUACCCGGCUCGGUUCCUCUGCCUGAUAUUAGCCCGAAACUGGCCGAUCCUCGAGCUGCACGCUACCAAGUUCAGCAGAGUCAGGAGCGGGUGGGAAUACACCACACGAGCUCAUCCAAAGGCGGCUUCGCUGGACUAGAGACACUGCGAAAACUUCACAGUGAAUUUAAGUCGACAUUCGUCGUCGAGAUGCAACUUCUGGAUGAGCUUUCUAUCGUUCUUCAGACACCGUGGAUGCUCGAACGACUUCAUCAUAAUGUUGAUCUAUGGAUCACUGAGCGCGACGGCCCGUUAUUCACAUCUUUACCUAUCCAAUUCGGUGCCCAAACCGACGGCGAUAACAAGUUCUUCAAAGACGGAACGCUCAUUCUCACCUGCGUUUAUGAUACGACUAUCGAGGGGUGGGUACCAGUCCUCUAUACUUGGCUCGAGCGACAGAACACCAGUCAUUUGCGACAUCAUUUUCGUUGGCUCUUCAAGUGCAUCAUCGAGCAUGCAAAAGGCGACUUCGACCCCAGAAUGCUGUUUAAUGUCAUGGAUUUCUCUCAAGCACAAGAAUCUGCCUUCGAACAUGAAUUUGUCGACGCUCUCAUGGCUUGGAAGCAGCCUACCUUCGAUGGACUUGCGCCUACGACUCGCUCAACAGCCAUGGAGGAAGAGCGCAAGCUCUUCCGCGAGGAAGCCAAGAAGUACAGACGGGGGUGCGACGUCCAUUUUACGCGCUCCGCGAAACGCAUUAGACGCAGCGGCGCGUUAGUCUCCCCGGAGAACAUACCUCUCUUCGACGAGUUCUGCACCAUCGUCAUCGCACGCUCGACUACUCCAUCCCAGUUUGACGACAUCGUAGCUCGCGUUCGUGAUCGACUUCCUGGAAUUCGUGGCUGGCUAGAGUGGUGGCUCCGGCCUAAUAUUCGUUCCAUGGCCUUCCCGUCGCAGUCGCAUAGUGAUCCCCAGCUCCUUGACGAUACACCCAAUACUUCUAACCCGGUGGAAACGCAACACUCGCUCCUUCACCACGCCGUCGGUACAGAUCACGAUCUCAUCUCUGGCGUUCAGAACCUUCACCUUCACGUUCAGGAGAUGGAAAAGCGUGUACACGCCAUCGAAAAAGGUCAUAUCAAUCCUGGUCGAGCACCGAAGACGGCACGGAGAUCGACGAAGGCAUGGGAGGUAAACGACGGGCGUGCUCCAGAUACGCUUGAGGCUCUUCAGGCCGCCACCUCGCAAGAACGAGCGGCUCCACUUGAUACCAAACGUCGGACCUCACGACAAGAUCAUCCUGGGUCUGAUGUGCCUUCACAGUCGAGAACACUACCCGCGCCGGAAUCGCGUACUCAACCCACAACUCCAUCCGACAUAUCGCAUUCGCAUCCUACUUCAUCAGUGAUAACCUUCCCUCGUCUCCUCCAUGGGUAUCAGUGGAGAGACAACUCUUGCUUUCUCGACGUAGGACUGGAGAUCAUGUUCCACGUUUACCUCCGUUGGUCACCUCAGCAAAGAUCCAGGUUUAUCAAAAACUUUCGUGAUAACUCUUCCCCCUUAGUCGACAUGAUGUACCACUUUCAACAGCGUCUCCAGUGGGCGCGAUCGCCGGAAGACUCGGAAGAACAUAGACUAGCUGGUACACGGCUUCUUGGGCUCGCUCAGACCAAGUUAAUCUGCUGGAUUGCAGACCGUUGGUCUUUGUGUCCUCGGGGUAGAUUUGGCGACUCUGAUUCUACAGACGGACCACCUGGAGACAUAGAUAUCAUUCGUCGGGAUUUCAGUAUCGUACAAAACGUACGGCGUGAAUGCGAGGGCGGACACGUCCAAACCGAAAAGAUCUCAAAUUCCAACAUGAUUCCACACGUUAUAUCCGUCUACGACAUUCUUAUCACUCGACUAGCUCUCUCAGUCAGCGCCGCAGACUCGAUUAACCUCCAGGCCUACUUCCAGCAUUGCAUACCGCGGAUCACUCCACGUGUUUCGCAUUACGAGGCUUCCAAUAUGGCCCACAACAUCACUGUCGAUACUUGUCCUGAGCCUGGUUGCCCGGAGCGUAUACGAAACACCCAUGUCAUCACAGGAUGGCCUCUUUUUUUGCACAUUGUGCCUGAGACGUCUCAGUCAACCGCGGAGACGUUUGGAGAUGGACACUUAGCUGUUCAGCCCAUGACCUCGUUUACCAUUCGAACACUACCCGUAUCCUUUGGAAGCCCUCUAUCAUUGGGAUCAGACUCCGAAGUAGCCCCGGCUGAGGUGGUAUAUGAUAUCGUUGCUCGCAUUAUGUAUCGCCAAAACAAGACCCACUUUCAGGCGGAAAUUCUCUCCUCGGGUCGAGUAUAUCUGUACGACGACAUGCGGCAUUCUGGCAUUUCUCAGGAUAUCGGAGACAAGUCGGUGAUGGAACGAGCAGAUCCUACGGCAGUACUAAUGGUUUAUCAUCGCCGUUCGUCUUGCUCUUUAUCGUACCGACCCGUUGAAGAGCUGGUUCAUCUAACCUCCAAGGGGCCCGCAUAUCUCGACGGUUACGGACUUAUGCCAACGCAGAGUGCUGAACACCGACCAUCCCCUCAGGCAAAACAUCCACCGUCAGCUCCGACCAAACCUCCCCAACCUCCCUUCGUCGAAAUUCCUGUCCCACAUCCGCAAAACGAUCUCUCAUCCACCGAGGCAGAAGCCCACACAGCGACAGGCAUUCCUCGUCCCUCGAACUCUCAGGAGUAUCCUUCUACGAAUGCACCAAAGUCGUCAGAAGUUGCUGGUCAGAGCGCCCAACUCUCAUCAACUGAACGUCCUGCCUCCGUGGCUCAAAAAGACACGAAAUCUACGAAAAGAAAAUCCUCGAAUGCUCGUCAACUUCCGUUGCCAUUUCCGCUCACUGAAGGUGUUAAACGCUCUGUCCCACACUCGAAAUCCAGAAAUGGUACUCCGAAUAGCGUGGACGAAUUCUUCGCAGCGACCUGGGGCGUUCCGGAGGACUUGGAGGACUUUUGGAUGUGUCAAGUCUGCAGGAAGCUCGCACCCGAAGAGGAGGUUUUAUGGAAUGAUGAGACAUACAUCGGAAAGUACUUCCUCCUUCCGACAGAAAACUCAGGGAGCACAUGUUACCUCGCGAAGGUCGUUUCGCGGGAUGUUAUCCACGCAGUUAUGGAGUGGUUCGACUACAAUGUCUACAGAGCUUCGCAUGAGCCCGACGCUGAGGGUCAAUUUCGUGUGCCUACUCAGAGAAUUGUCGAGGCUUUGGACGAAUCACAUCCGCGAGCUUCCAGGGCAGGAUAUAUCGAAUGGCCUAAGCAGUUAUGCCAAGAAGCGCACGAACGAUUCUCUUACGAGAAUGCGACCAUCAGCAGUGCUAUUGACGAUGCGUUCGGUGCUAUCGUAGAGAUCCUGAUCCGCACUCGAUCCCAUCCAGUCAUGGAGAUGUACGACAAGUGGCGACGCUCACCUCAAGGUCGAAGGUCGGUAGUUCUCCGCGGCAAUACCUGGGCUGACACUACAUUCAACAUACCAAUUCUUCCUGGUGAUUCCUCUCUCUUGGAACGACGAAUAUCACAUCUCCACCGAGUCCUUCAAGAAAGACUACCAGAUGAAGUUGAAAAAACGCACUUCGAGCUCGCAUUCGAACCCGGAUCAGUUCUCCUUCGACUUGUCAUUCUUCGGGUGUAUCUAGGACGUUCUUCGUUAUCGGACCAGGAAAUCUUCGACCUUGUUUGUGCUGAAAGUAUCCAUCCCGUCCCAACCGAGUGGCAGAAGGCAGCUCAGGCGCUAUUCGGUGUUUCCAUAAACACGGGAUCAGAGACUGAUUCGGAUGCAGGCUAUGGCCCGGGGACCGCGGCCAUAUCUGAUCUGACUAUGCGCCUAGAACACCAUAUCGCACGGCGCAUAACUCCGAGCGACAUUCUUGAAGGCUGUGUGGAGAUUCGUACGACAUCCGGAGAACCGUACGCCUGGACUGGGUCAGUUGAAAACCAGUUAUCGGGAGGCCCUCCAUUCUCCGCAUUUCGGCCCCGGCCAAAGGCUGCGAAGACAGCGAAACGCGAUCGAGAUGAUGGUGCAGAAAAUAAUGGAGAGAAUUCACAAAUUGCGGACUCACAAGGUCAAGACACGUCCGUCGCAAAACGACAGAAACUUACAGAUGCUGGGGCUCGAACGUCUUUGGCAGGAGAUAUUGGGGCAAGUCCUCAGGAGUCAAUUGCUGUGAGAAGAGGAAAAGGACGACCAAGAGGCAAGAAAACCCGAGUUCCUGUCGUAGGAUCGCGUUCGAGUCGCCGACUGCAGGAGAAGAGUGUAUGUAGGGUGACGGGUAUUUACAUGGCUAAGGACGAUGAAGAGCCAUCUUGUGCAUCAAAUGUUAAGCUAGAGCCGCUUCAAACCUUAGUAGCGGUCAUCGUUGAUCGUAAUGGUUUACAAAGGCUUAGCGGACAUAGUGUAUCGAGCUUCGCGGCGAAAAAUCAGACACCGAUGUCCGACAUCGCUCAGUCAUUCUGA